AGCCGAGUCAGUAGUCCUCCACGUCGUUCUCUCACGUAGUCGCGUUAGUCGCCGCGAGAAUAUUAUUUAUAUUCACGGGCUAUUCCCCAGGAGGCGGCCCAGCCCCGAGUCUCCGUCGGCCCCCGCACUCGUCCACCGUGAGAGCCCAACUAUGCGGUUCAACGAGACCGUCUGCAACUCCAUGCCGCCGAUGCAUAUUGGACUGCAGAACAAUAAUCUACAAAGAAGCUCGUCCGAGUUGAUAAUCAAUGAAAAACUGGACUCCCUGACGUUGGAUCAGGAGAACCAAGAGUUUCGCAUCGGACAGGACACGAGCACCUACUCGUCCUUCGCAAUCACACGCAACAACAAAAUCAUCGAGCACAACAUCAACAACAAUCUCGACAAUACCAUUUAUCAGAGCAGCUCCACCGAGAGCUUGGCUGAUUUCGAAGGUUACUACGAAGACCCGUCGCAGGAGUUAACAGGCUCCGACUGGUCGGAGUACUCGGAGGACGGCAACCUGCCCCAAGGCUGCCGUGGCAUCGUCAAUCCGAACUACCCGGGCUUCCAGCAUCUCGGACCGUCGCUGUUGUCCGACACCGACGACACCGAGGACGAGCACGAAUUAGAGGACGAGGAGGUCCUCGAAGUCACUCCAACCGUCCCUCACGAGGACGUCUACAACAACAAUAACAACAACAACAACAUCGUCGACGACACCGUCAACCGAUUCGACGCUCAGCGCGACGAGCAGAAGCUCUUCUACGAGAAACCUAAAUUCAACAUACAGACCGUGAGCUCGCUCAUCGAGUGCAUGAAUUACGUAAAGAGCCUGCACGAGUCUGGCAUGGCAACGACGACGUCCGACGACAUAUUCGGCAACGACGAGGUCGAGAUCGUGCAGCUGACGACGAGCGUCAAGGAGAGCCUCCAGUUUCCCGAAAUCGAGCAGAUCCCCGACUCCUCCAAGAACAGCGAGGCAGAGGAGAUCGAAGAGACGCAGAUCGACGAGCCGGUGGACCUGAUCCGCGAAGCUCGAGCCAAGUCGCUGAACCCCUUCCUGGUGCACAGCACCAACCCCUUCCUCAACAACAACAUCUUCGACACAGAGCUAAACGACGAGAUCAUCGACAACAACAACGUCAAGCUCAUCUCCCCGUUGACGUCGCCGAUCGCUCCCUCACCGGUGAAGCAGCCCUCGAAGGGUAAACUCGAGGAGAUCGACCUGUUAGCGAGUAUCAAUCAUCACAAUCUGAUCCACAUAGACGGCGAAGAUCAAGUAUGUCUGGACCACCAGCAGAAGCUUCUCCAACAGCAGCAGUCCUCGGUACCGGACGUCGUCGCUAUGGAGCUCGACGUUCUCCAUACCGCCGAUCGCAACAAGAUGAACAUCAACUGCGAACCGAUCAUCGUUGAGAAGCCGCCGAGCAAUGUUGUCAGCAGUACUGGCGCUGCUAAUAACGCCGUUGUCGGAGGCUUCGGAGAUACCAAGAAGAAGGAGAAGAUGAUAAGGAACCAGGCGAGACGCAGACAGCAGCAGAACUGCAAUGUUACGCAGAGAAGCAGACAGGAGAGCAAACGCCGAACUGAACUGGAGAGCGGAGGCUUCGACGUUUACAACAUCGAAACAGCAAUGCCAAAGAUCGACAUGGACGCCAUUGAGACACACUUGAAAGCCGCGCGCGAAGAAGAGCGUCGGCGACGCAAUGACAGAGAGGAAAUCCGCAGACGACUGGCGAUGGGCCCGGACGCGGAUGACAUGCGCGCUGAGCGCGGCAGGAAGCCUAGUCUUCAGUCUCGUCUUCAGAGUGGUAUGAACCUCCAAAUAUGCUUCAUGAACGAGACAUCGUCGGACUCGGAGUCAGCUCCAGGUCCGGACGGCAACGACUACGUGCUGAGCUCUCCGACAUCUCCAAUGUCCCCGAGCUCUCAAUCCUCGUCUUCGUCAUCGGCUUCCUCGAUAGCCGCCAGCCCGUCGAAGCACCAGCAGCUUCUGAUGCAGAACGCCAGACCACAUGUGCUGAGUCUUCCACCUUUGAGGCUCACCGACGCGGCGACCUACGCGAACGAGGCACCUCUCGACGAAGCUGACUUUUUCGCGCGACAAGCUCGACUCCAAACCGAGGCCAGACUCGCUCUUGCACAAGCCAAGGAGAUGGCGCACAUGCAGAUGGAGGUCGAGAGACAGAAGCUCAAGGCGAACCCCAUCACUGAAAUGGUUCGCGCCAGCCUUCAAAAGAUCGGCGUGACACUCGGAGAGGACAGGCGCAGACUGACGCGCGCCCUCCUGACCGAGCUUAACAUCGCUCAGCUGCAAGUUCUCGCGAACGACUUGCACGCAAGGAUAGCCACGUUGAACGAGGCCCUGGUCGAGGGUCUCUUGCGCCGUGACGAUCUCCACAUGGAGCAGGACUCGAUGCUCGUCGACGUCGAGGAUCUGACGCGAUACCUAGGCGCCAAGCAGGAGUCCUUCAAGAAGCGCCAGCAGAGCUCCCAGUCCUCCCGUCCAAUCCAGUCGUCAUCCAGGACUCGCCAGCAGCAGAAACAGCAACAACCUCAGCAGCAACAGCAGCAGAUGUCGAGGGCGAGGACACUGGCACUGCAGUUGGGAAGGGCGAGACUCGCCGCCGGACGGCAGCUCGUGGUCAACCUCGUGAGGAAAUAGUACGCGGCCGCGGCGGCCCUCGGCCUCUUCUGGCGAUCAGCCGCAGCCUCCGUCGAGAUCUGAGCCGCGAGAUAUACGACGUCUGUCUCUUAUCUCUAUUCUACUCUGUCCUACACUGAUGGACAUUUAUACGUCUUUACGUAUUGUAUCUCGUAGAAUAACCGGUGCGCGAGAGGAUGUGGUCGUUGAUUCGUUAAGGGGAGUAGGCCAUUGAUAUUCUUCUGUCUUGGAUGUCGUUUGUGUGUGUGCAGACUCUAUACCGAUGAGUGCGCUUUCAACUAAUUCGUUUGUUACAGUUUUUUUUUUUUUUUUUUUUUGUAAUGAAUACAUGCCUCAUUUUUAUUGCUAUGUUAACCGAGCAUAGGUGCAAUAUCAUUUAAUUUAUUUAUUAUAUAUAUGAGUAUAUUAUAAAGUUUGGAGAUUUUGUAAAUGUAUAUAUAUCGACGAGGUGUUAUGGAACGUUAUACGUGACAAUUAUAGUGUAUAUAAACGUUAAUUUUGCCUUAUAUUAUACUCAUGAUAUUCAUUUCGCGUAUAAAUUAAGUUUUCUUUAUUCUUAGUUUCUUUUUAUUUAUAUGAUCGUUAUGUACGACAUUGACAGCCGAAUUCGUGAUUUCUCUUGUGCGUGUUUCAAAACUCUUUAUCUUACAUUCUUUCUGAUCGAUUUUAUUCUAUAGUAGAAUUUAAAAAAACUUCAAUCGACUUUCACAUCCUCUCAAGUACAAAAGCAAUCUCAAUCCAAUGUGUGAGUUACCAAAUGUCCAAUGCGUCGCGACACACGAAGAAAAAAAUGUUUGCCGUGUAAUCGUAUCGCGCAAAAAAAAAGAAACAAAAAAGCAAACUGUUGUUGCUUGCGUAUGUUGAAACAAAACAAAAUAUAUUAAUUGUGAAACUCCAUCAUUAAGCUCACGCUAUCGUGGAGAUUAUUGAAUCCUUCGUUUUUAAAUAUACAACAAAAAAAAAACAAAGCUCAAGCUAAAAGCUGCUGUUCGACGACAAAUGUGUAUCCGACAAUUGUAUCAAGUAUUAAUAGCCCAAAAGAGGAAGAGGUAUAGAAUAUACAAGAUCGAUACUUCUCAGUUUUUGAGAAGCAAAUAAUUUAUACUACAUGGCCCUCAGUAUAUACGCGAAAACUGAAAAAUUAUCAUGGUAAAUAUACAAAAAAUAUACCUAUAUAAACCGAGAGAUUGAUUGUAGUGUCAUAUGUAUUCGUACAAGUCUCAACGUUUAAGCAAGGUUUGACUUAUUAUACCGAUUCUUCUCUCGCGUGCGAGCUUGCAUGUUUUUCUAUUUAAUAAUUAAAAAAGAAAAUAUGACGUAAAGGCGAAUCUCAAUUAUUAUAUCACACGUACGUAAAUAUGCGCAUUAGAUUGUUUACGAAAGCUGAGCGCCUAUUUAUAACGCGAAGACCACAUCAGGAGGCUUAAAAUCGAAGCUUCGCCAAUAUACUUAUAACGAGUACUUAAUUAUACUAAACUGGCUGCUACUUGGUUUUGCCGUACUUGAAUCUGCAGUAAACAAUCAAUAUACAAGUAGUAAUAAUCGCGAAUCCAAAUCGGCUCUCAGCUUUGAUCAUUCGACAAAACGGGUUUACACUGUUUUUCCUCAAUUUUGCUCACAAGUGCGCUUACACCAUGCCCACGCAAUAUAUAUCCGACAAAGGAAACGCAGUAUUCCAAUGGAAUUUCGAGUAGUGUGGAAAGUUAAUCAUUGUUAUUUAUUUUUUAUUAAUUGUAACUUUAUCGAAGCUCGCAGCUAUGUCUCUAGAAACGUCACUCUAUCCAAGCUAUCACUCAAGCUUUUUACAUUUACUUCGAUAAAACUACAAAUAAGUAAAAAGAUGAUGAUUAAAUUCCGGCAGUUUUGUUACUCCGUAGAAACGACGAUAUAAGAGCAGACACUACCGCUUCGAGAUCGAAAUAAAAUAUACCGUGUAGUAGAGAAAAUUGCGAGACUCCGGUCCCCACUUAAUCCCGUCCUUUUUUAAUUCUUUCGCAGCAAGACAGACGGUCGCCAUCGAUCGUCGGUUGAUAAUGAGAAAAACCAGACAAACCAAUAAUUAUAUUAACGAUGACAUAAUAAUAAUAAUACUACUAAUAAUUAUUAUAAUAACGAGGUUUAAAAUAAAAAAAAAACGAUUGAACUCUUGUCUUCGCUAUUACAACGUGUGGUGUGCAAAAAAAAUUGUAGGGUGCACAGAGUUGUGUACCAAGUAGGAACAUUUUAGACUAAGUCAUAGACCAAAAAAAAA